AUGGAACGAUCCAACCAACUGACCAGCUACUGCGAAACAACCAAAUACCAUCUCUAUACACUCUGGCUACUCAUCUUCAGCGAUUUGAAAACCAUCAUCGCACCAAGUACCAUAUUCGGAAUCGCAAAUGGUUGGGCCGCCCCAAAAUACGGACUGCAAGUACCCAGCACACUUGCAAACCCGGAAAAUGUCAUGGACUUCCUACAUCUGAUUGGCAGAGCCAUGAUGGUCCUGUCAUGGGUCCUGGUAAACUUCAUUCCAUUCGCCAUCAACAACCAGCGCGGGGAACGGGCAAUUGCGGAAGAUCUCCUGAACAAGCCCUGGCGGCCUUUUCCAAGUGAUCGUAUUUCCCACAAACAGGGAACACGAGCCAUGUUCGCACUUUACAUUUUCGCAUGCGUCUAUAGCACUAGUUUCAGUGGAGGCAGUCGACACUCUGCCGUAUUGAUCAUCCUUGGAUCGUGGUACAACAAUUGGGGUGGUGCAGACAAUGGCCCGAUUGUACGGAACAUUAUCAAUGCGCUGGGCUAUGUCUGCUUUGUAUUCGGGGCAAUGGAGGUAUUCCUUGGCGGCUCUGCUCUACCCCUUCACCCAGAAGGAGUGUUGGAUAUGUCAGACCAGCUCGGCGAUGCACAGCGCGGUCGUUCGGUGCGCGUUCUAGCAGUGCGUAAUGUUCCUGGGGAUAAACGGACAUUUCAACUGUGGAAUUGGUGGAUUGUGAUCGUGUACAUCUUACCACUGUUUUCUGAGGCGGAGCGACACGAGCGAUCUGUGCGACAUUCAAAUAUGUUCUUCCGAAAUCCAUUCAAGACAAAGAAGCCCAAUGACGAACCUGCGCCAGAGCCAAAGGUCAAGGUUGAAAAGAAAGAGAAGCGUACCCCAAAACGACAUCCACCCUUCAUAGACUACUACACUGGCGCCCCGGUUUGGAGAUCCCCGGAUUACAAUUCUUCACACUACAAAGCCGCGCAGUACAGUAACACGCGCUACAACCCCGAUGCCUUCGGUACAAAUAGUGCGUUGGCAGCAGGAGUUCUGUGA